GAUGGCCCAGAUGGGAAUCCAUGUGGAUUUGCUGCGCUGUCGGCAACUGCCGAGUGACGUCCCGCUGCUGGAGCAGGCACCUACGAAGGAGGAGUUCUUCCGCCAGUACGUGCUUCGAGGUGCGCCUGUCGUCCUGCGAGGAGCCUUCCGUGCCGAGCACUUCACCCCUGCAGCGGCUUUUGCCGACUUCUCCAAGCUGCGAGCAAAAUGCGGCCAUCGCAGGGUCUUGGUCAAGAGCUUGGGCUUCAAGGACGAAGACGGCCGUGCACAAUUCAUGACGGACCCUGAGCUGAAGCUGCCUUUUGCCGCCUAUCUGGAGGCCGUUGAGGCAUGCGAGCGAGAUGGGGCGGCGAUGCCCUACUAUCUCGGCAAGGUCCCUCUCCGAGCCGAGCUUCCAGAAUUAUCCAAGGAGAUCGAGGCCUCCGACCGAACGCCCAUGAGCGAGUACGGAGGAUGUUUCGGCGACCUCCUGCCAGAAGGCGUGUUCACGUAUUUUGGAUGUGGCCGCAACUCCACAUCAGUCCAUUAUGACUGCCACGAGAACCUGAUGGUUUGUGUCUGCGGCACCAAGCGGCUGUGGCUGUACCCGCCCGGUGAUGCGAGGUUCGUCUACCCCAUCUCCAAAGACAG